CACAACACAAAAAAUAACUAAACCGAUAGAUCUUCGGAAGUUUUAAAUUGAUCCACUUUGUCCUUGUUUUUACAAUUCUCCUGCUUUGGAUUUAGACAUUAAUCUGUAGCAAUGGCUUGUGGAAUUCCAAUCUGCGUGCAGUGUGGGACUAGGAGCAACCCGUGCAGGUGCAAGGUGGUGGGGCCAACCCUGGGGUUUUUGGCAUUUGUUGGAGCUGCCAUUGUGGAGUGGCCUGUUGGGGCUCUUGUUUACUGCUUCAGGCACAUGAAGGGUCGCAGAAUCAUGGCUCAUCCGGCAACCGUUGUUUACCCAUCGGUCAAUAGGGCCAUUCCUAUUUGAUCAGUGUUUCUGGAAAAGAUAGAGCCUUGGUGUUGCUGUUUCUUGAUUAACUUGCUUUGAAUAUGUAAUAUUAAGCAUUUUGUGUCUGCAAUUUCAAUCUCCUUACUUAUCUAAUAAAACAGUGUAUGGUUUAUGUGUAUUUCCUGGAUUUUUUACUGAGAGUUAUCAUUUUGUG